AUGGCGUCCAAGAAGCAUUUGAAGGACAGAAGCCGGAAGGAUUAUCCUUUCCUCCUAGAAUAUCGGACACGAUGGAAUGACAACGACAUGUACGACCACAUGAACAACUCGGUCUAUAACUUCCUUUUCGAUUCCAUUAUCAACUCAUAUCUAAUGGAGUACUGCGGGCUUCACCCACCCACUUCGGACCAGCAUCCCCUGAUGGCUCACGCGCAUUGCGACUACUUCUCCGCCAUCUCAUACCCCAAGAUCGCCGAGCUCUGCCUACGCGUCAACAAGCUUGGCAAGUCUAGCGUCAUCUACGAAGUCGCCCUGUUCGAGAAGGAUGUCGGGCAAGUCAAAUGCGUCGGCGAGUUUGUUCAUGUGUUUGUUGACCGCAUAACUCAGAGGCCGAAUGCCAACGGGAUGAAUCCUCAGCUGCGACAGGGACUGGAGAGGCUGGUGGUUGAUAUGGCUUCCAAACUAUGA